UGUGUACAGCGAUAUGAUGUUCUUUGUAACAUAGGUACCAAUGAUCUCAGGGCGGGGUCUGGAACACACUGGAGGGACCCUGGACAAACUGGAAUCUAUCCCAGGAUUCCAAGUGUCAGUGACAACGGGGAAGAUGUUGGAAAUCCUUGGCACGGUAGGAUGUUGCAUUGUGGGACAGACACAAAAUUUGUGUCCCGCGGAUAAAGUUAUCUACUCCAUACGUGACGUUACGGCGACAGUCAAUCAAAUCGGACUCAUUACUGCUUCAAUAAUCUCGAAAAAGGCUGCAGAGAAGCUAGAUGCUUUGGUACUGGACGUCAAAUUUGGUCUCGGUGCAUUCCGAAAGGACGAAAACGAAGCAAGGACAGUUGCACAGCUCAUGGUGGACACCAGUAAAGGUUUGGGGAUAAAGACUUCAGCUCUACUCACAGAUAUGAACUCGCCACUUGGAAAGAUGGUUGGCAAUGCCCUGGAGGUGACGGAAUCUAUACGUACUCUUCAAAACCAAGGACCGGAAGAUCUGACAGCACUCGUAGCCCAGUUAGGUGUGUGCUUUAGUCAGUAGUGUAUGUCCGUUUAAUAAAUAUAUUAAAAUGGGACUGAAGUCCAGGUAGUCUUAAAUAAAAUGGGAGGGGGGAAUAAAAAGUAUCAGACAACAGUGUAACACUAUCGGUUUAUCAUGCACUUCACGGUAAUGCAUAAC